AAGUCUUUUCUGAGGGGUGAAUCGAUGCCAUUUUCAUCUGGUGAGCUAGAAGGAAUACAAUGCCUUGUUAAUCUGCAUGUCAAGGUUGCCAAGAAGCUCCAAAGCAGUAGUCUAAGAUACUGGUUAUUGGAGUAUUUCAGAAGGCAGCCAAGAGAAAGGAAGUUUGGUGCUUUAAUUCUUCGGUUCAUUAAAGAUCGGAUAGCUUCUCUCCUUCUUAUCGAGGUUGGAAUUCAAGUUUGUGCUUCUGUUUCAUCUGGGAAGCAGAUUGGGGAUGAGAUUGAGGUCACCAUUGAAGAGGCUCAUCCCCGUGAUGAUGUUCUCUCUGUCAGCGAAGUUUAAGGGAAACAAUAAGCUCAAGGAGAUGCUCCCCAGACAUUAACUUUUUGCUGGAAGGCCCAUUUUUUAGUAGCAAGCCGAAAGUUUUCUAAUCAUCAUAUUCAUAUAUAAGUAUGCAAAAUGCAUAUCUCAAAAGUCAGGCUUCAAGAAACCUUCCAUUCCUCUCACCAUCCAACGCUUUUUAUUGCCAACAAAUGGGAUUUUUAUAGCCUCGGCAAUUGUGAACGAUUUAUAUUUAAGAAUUAUAACCGCACGCAGUAAUGGAAUUCCUUCCAUCUCUCACCAGUCAAUAUUGUUAUCUAUCCUGCUUAACUUGUUGCUUCAAAUGUCAGAGUAGAUUCAAUCUUUGAAAAGAACUGUCGGAGGGUUAGCUAACUGGAGAUGAUUUAGUUUUAUUGAUCUUAUGAAGAAUAAUUAUUGUGAAACUUAAUGCAGUAUAGAGAACAAUUAUUAUGGCUUGCCUUAGCCUUAGCCUUGGAGAUUGGCUCCACUGUCUUAUAUGUACAUGUCAAUUUCUUUUUUCUGUUUCUCUACUAUAAAAGAACCAUUUUUUUGCAAUUUUAAAUUUCAAUUUGAGUUUGUUC